UCAGAGCUUUCAUAAAUGAUGGUGGAAUGCUCCUUGUCACGGAGGUCAAAAACCCUAACAGAGCCAUCAGCAGAGACAGAGGCGAAGACGCCCACACCACCCCAGGCAAUAUCGUAAUCCUCUUUGUCAUGGGCAAUGAGCUGGGUGUCGACAGUCUCACGUUCAAUGUCCCAGAUGGUGCAGGUGGUGUCAAUGGAGGAGGUGCCGAUCCGCUUGGGCUCAGCUUCAUUCCAGUCGAAGGAGGUAAGAGGACCGCAAAACUCACUGUUUUUGUUACCAUUGAGGGUGGACUUGAGUUCGCCACGGGAGUGGUCAUCAGAAAUGCGCCAAAUCCGGAGGAAGUCGGAGGAGGUGGCGAGGAGGUCUGGCUUCUGGCAUUCUUUGUCAGGGAUGAAGAUGGUUUUGGUGGGAGGAUAGGGGUGUUCGAAGGCGAGGUUAGGGUCAGAGCGGAUCUCGCCGUUGGAGUCGUCAAGCUGGACAAUCUCGACACGGUUAGGGUAAUGCUCAAGGAGGCUGGCAAUAGAAAGGCGGUACUUUUUGUCACGGCGUACGCUCCAGUUCAUGGCGUAGAUGUGCCAGGGGGCUUCAUAGGUGUAUAUCUCGGAGCGUUUCUGCUGCUCGUCAGAGGCCUCAGGGUUGGGAUCGCUGCUGGCACCCAUUCCAAAUUCUUUCCAAUUCCCUGAAAUCUUAAAACCAAAGUGAAAUAGUCAAUUAGUACAAGAUUAGAUUAGAGUCUCUAAGGGAAACAGAACAAUCAAUCUGAAAAGCAAAA